AAAAUUACUGUUUUCAGUUUGAAGCGCACGCAAACCCCGCCUUCAUUUAUAAUUGACCACUUAAUUGCAACGUAGAUAUAAUUACAUACCUACGUGCAAAGUACAUUUUCAGAAGUCAAUCAAUAUAGUGAGUUUGUUCAAAGUUCUUACUUUUAGCAACCUACGAGUGCAGAGAAUUCUGAUAACAAACUAUUCCUGCUAGCUAACGCAUUGAAUUUUUUUGACCUUGAAAAAAAAAAACGAAAAAAUGGCCACUGAGCGCUUAGAUGUGAUCAUAUUCGGAGCUUCUGGCUUCACAGGUAAAUACACGGUCUACGAGGCGGUAUCCGUGCUAAAGGAUUUGAAAUGGGGCAUAGCCGGACGCAAUCGGGCGAAACUUCAGGAGGUGCUGAAGGAGAUGGGCGCUAAGGCCAAAAAGGAUCUGUCGCAGACGCCCAUUUUUAUUGCCGAUGUCAACGAUGAGGCCUCUUUGUUAAAUAUGGCCAAGUCCUGUCGCAUCGUUGUCAAUACCGCGGGUCCAUACCGCUUCUUCGGUGAAAAUGUGGUCCGUGCCUGCAUCAACGCUGGCACCCAUCACGUGGAUGUUAGUGGCGAGCCGCAGUAUAUGGAAACCAUGCAAUUGAAGUACAACGAGCUGGCUAAGGAACGCGGCGUCUAUGUGAUCAGCGCUUGUGGCUUCGACUCCAUACCCGCUGAUAUGGGCAUUGUGUUUGUGGAGAAGAAUUUCGAUGGCGUCGUCAAUUCUGUGGAGACGUUUUUGGUCAGUGGAAUCAAGGACGAAAAUAAUGCAUCUGACAGCAAGGCAGGGCUCAACACUGGCACCUGGCAGAGCGCUGUCUAUGGGCUGGCCCACGCCGACGAACUGCGUGGCAUACGGCAGAAACUUUAUCCGGAACGUCUGCCCAAGUUCUUCCCCAUUUUGAAGCAUCGCCCGUUGAUAUUCCGUUCCAGAGAAAUAAACAAAGUGUGUCUGCCGUUUCCAGGCUCGGAUCGCUCGGUGGUGAUGCGUUCACAGCGUUUCCUCUAUGACACCGAGAAGAAACGUCCGGUACAAAUGCACGCCUAUAUUGGAUUCUCUUCAUGGCUGGCAGCCAUUUUCGUGGCUCUGUUUGCGACCAUCUUUGCUCUGAUGGCUAAAUUUGAGUUCGGCCGCACCUUAUUGCUCAAGUAUCCGAGCUUCUUCUCUGGUGGUUUCGUCUCACCCGAAGGUCCCAGUGAGUCACGCAUGGAACGUAGCUUCUUCAAGAUGACCAUGAAAGCGACAGGCUGGCCCAGCUCGCAGCGCCUGGCCGAAGGUACAGAUCAGUACACGGAGCCUCCCACAAAAACUCUUAUGGUCAGAGUUUCGGGUCCGAAUCCUGGCUAUGGCUCCACAUGUGUUGCCCUGCUUUCCACAGCGGUUACCAUUCUCCGGGAAAGCAACAAAAUGCCAGGCAACGGCGGUGUACUUCCACCAGGUGCCGCAUUUUCAAAGACCAGUCUAAUUAGCGAGCUGGAGAAGCAUGAGCAUGGCAUUAAAUUUGAAAUUUUAGCCAACAAAUGAAUGCACAUUGAGUGAAAUACUCGAAACAUAUGGUU